AUGGCAGAAGUAGAGAAUUAUUUGAAUUUAGAGAAUUUGGACCAGGAUUAUAAGCUAGACGUUGGGUUGGAUAUAUUCCACACACAAUUCCAGCCACAGCCACUGGCUGCGUUUGACAUGACAACAACUGAAGCCACGCCGACAACAUCAGCUACACCACCUAUCGCAUCCACCUCACAGGCUAACGUAGAGGCUAUCAAUACCAACGAACUGACUUCCAUAAAGGAAGAGAAAGAGCUCGAUCCCCCUAUCCCUGUCAACCAAAUGCCAAACAAUCAAGACCAGGAGCACGACAACGAGCUCGACAACGAUGAUGCUGCUGACUCAGACACAAACAGCACCCCUUCAAAUAUAUCCUCAUCUAAUUCCACCAGAAACACGAAAAGAAAGCGCACACAAAAGGACGUAAACAUUACAUCAGCUGCUGCAGAGGCAAACCUCAGUCCGCAAGAGUACAAUAAGCUUUCUUCAAAAGAAAAGAGACAGCUUCGUAAUAAAAUAUCUGCUAGAGCUUUCAGAUUGCGUAGAAAGGAUUACAUUGAACAAUUAGAAUCACAGUUGAAUUCAAGGGAUGAUCUCAUUGAGCAGCUUAAUCACGACUUGAAGGACUCUAAGAACGAAUCCAACGAUCUCAGAAAAGAGAUUCAAUCGUUGAAAUCUAAAUUCGAUCACUUAUCAACCGCAUCAUCCACGGCAGCCUCCACAGCCUCCACUUCAAACUCAUCUAUUCCACUCGCUAAUACUAACAAAGACCUCGGCUUAUUUGGCAACACCCCAGCUACUCCGCCCAUAAACUCAAACUUCAUGUCGGUCUACACCACUCUCAUUCCUGAGACUAAUAUGAAGAAUUUCUACGAUUUACCACCACCUCCUGCAUACUCACCUUGCGUCGAUCAACCUCCCUCGUACAAUCAAUCUGUUUCUGCAAAUCUCAUCAACACUCUACUCAUCAAUUCUAAAAUCUCACCCUCAACAAAGCAAACAAAGCAUCACGAUAUUUCAUCCUCAUUCGCAAGCUGUUUAAAGAUUUAA